UUUCAAUCUACUGAUACAACAGUAGCUGUAACUGUACAGCAAGAGAUUCGCGAGACUUCAUAUUGAUUUCAAUAUCGGCUCGAUGAUCGGACAUACACUAAAAGGGAGCUGAACUAAUGAGUGGAAGGAGGAGAAGUAAACCCAAUCGGGGUGGAGGACGGUUCAAUAAACCCAGAGGAGGUGGAGGUGGAAACAGGAAAGCUGCUAGUGGAUGUUGGGAUGAUGGGGAUGAUUUCAGCCUGGAUUUGGGUCGCAGUCGGUCAUUCAAGCCUCCCUCAUCUAGAGGUUCAAGAGGUAUCCGUGGGGCUCGUGGAGGAACCGGCAGAGGAAGAAAUCAGGCACUGGCCAGAAAACACGACGAGGAGGAGAUGAGAUCCAGAUUUAGACCUGAGCAAGUGCAGCUGCCCCUGCAGAAGAUACACAUGACUUCAGAGAACAAACUGCAGGUCAAAGAACUGCUGCGGGAACUUCAGAGCCAUGAGUAUCACACACCAACUAGGAGAGUCCUGCACUCCCGCAGGAGGACCGCGGGACCCAAUGUAACGGAUAUUGAUGAUGAACAAGAAGAUGGUGAUGAUGAUGAAGAUGAAGAACAAUGUAUCCCAGUGGAAAACGAGAGCUAUGUUAACUUGAGGAAGAGGAUGGUGAAGUUCGAGAUCAAAACUGAGCAAAUACUGCAAGAGAACAAGAAGCUCUGCAGAGAGUUCAAGAGGAAACAGGUAACACACUGUUGUAGGUUUGUCUUGCCCCUAUUGGCUUGGAUGUGUGUGUGAUUGUGAUAUGUAUCCUCAUAUAAUUUGUGGCUGAAAACCACUCAGAUUCCUCAGUUUAUCCUGGAUAAUUUCCUCCAGACUGGACGGCCGGAUAGAGUGGCCAACGUUAUUUGCACUCAGCCACGGUGCAUCUCUGCCAUCGCUGUGGCGACCCGAGUGGCCCAGGAACGAGCAGAGGCCUUGGGUCACUCCACAGGCUAUCAGAUCCAUCUGGAGACCGUCAGGUCCUCCAGCACCAGGCUGAUGUUCUGCACCACCGGCGUCCUUUUGCGGAGGCUAGAGGGCGACUCUGAGCUCAGUGGCAUCACACAUGUGAUCGUGGAUGAGGUCCAUGAACGGACAGAAGAGAGUGACUUCCUGUUGCUGGUUCUGAAGGAUCUGAUUGUAAAAAGGAUGGAUUUGAAAAUAAUUAUGAUGAGUGCAACCCUGAAUGCCGAGCUCUUCUCACAGUACUUCAACAACUGCCCCAGCAUCCAUAUACCAGGACGUACAUUCCCAGUGGAGCAGUUCUUCCUUGAAGACGCCAUCGCUAAGACCAAGUAUGUAAUUGAAGAUGGUAGUCCAUAUCGGUGCUCCACAAAGCAAAAUCGUUCCUCUGGUCAGGGUGGCACGGCUGGGAAGGGACGGGCUCCUGUUGAGGAUUUUGAUGAUGAUGGUAGCUGGUCAUUUACGUCCUUAAUGAAAAAGGAUUCGGUCAAAGACUCCAUCCCUGAUCAGCAGCUCAGUCAACAGGAUCUUACCGUCCGAUAUUCCAAUUACUCAAAGUCUGUAGUGAAAACAUUGGCUGCUAUGGAUCUUGAUAAAAUCAAAAUGGACCUGGUGGAGAGUCUGUUGGAGUGGAUUGUUGAUGGAGAGCACAGCUACCCACCAGGUGCUGUUUUGGUCUUCCUACCAGGACUUGCUGAAAUAAAGCAAUUAUAUGAGCAGCUGCAGUCUAACAGGAUGUUCAAUAAUAGAAGAACAAACAGGUGUGUAGUGUAUCCUCUACACUCGUCCCUGUCCAAUGAGGAGCAGCAGGCGGUCUUUACCCGCCCACAUGAGGGUGUGACCAAAAUCAUCAUCUCCACCAACAUCGCUGAAACUUCUGUCACCAUUGACGAUGUGGUGUAUGUCAUAGACUCUGGCCGGAUGAAGGAGAAGAGGUACGAUGCUAGUCGCAGUAUGGAGAGUCUAGAGGACGUAUGGGUGUCUCGUGCCAAUGCUUUCCAGAGAAAAGGCCGUGCUGGUCGUGUGGCGUCAGGCGUCUGCUUCCAUCUGUUUACAAGCCAUCGCUUCACACAUCACCUGAGCCAACAGCAGCUGCCUGAGAUUCAGAGAGUGCCCCUGGAGCAGCUCUGUCUAAGGGUUAAGGUGUUGGAGGUGUUUACGGAGCGUCCUCUGGAGUCAGUUUUCUCUCAGCUUAUUGAGCCGCCCGCAGAGGGCAGUCUGGAGGCCGCUAAACAGCGCCUGUGUGCCCUGGGCGACCUGACGGACGAGGAGUCUCUGACUCCCCUCGGUUGGCAUUUGGCCUGUCUGCCUGUGGACGUCCGCAUCGGUAAACUCAUGCUGCUGGGAGCCAUCUUCCGCUGCCUGGACCCUGUCCUCACCAUCGCCGCUAGCCUGGCCUUCAAGAGUCCAUUCGUGUCUCCCUGGGAUAAACGAGAGGAAGCUAACGAGAAGAAGUUGGGGUUCUCUCUGGCAAACAGCGACCAUCUGGCUUUGCUGCAGGCGUACAAGGGUUGGUGUAACGCAGCACAGAGCAGCUUUAAGGCUGGUUACCAGUUCUACAGAGAGAACUUCCUCUCGAUCCGGGGCUUACAGGAGAUAGCAUGUCUUAAAAGGCAGUUUGCAGAGCUUCUGUCUGACAUUGGCUUUGUGAAGGAUGGACUGAAGGCCAGGGUCAUUGAAAAAAUGAGCUCAAAAGGAAGUGAUGGGGUGCUGGAGGCCACAGGCUAUGAGGCCAACCUGAACUCUGAUAACACAAAGCUGAUGUCAGCCAUGUUGUGUGCGGCUCUCUACCCUAAUGUAGUCCAGGUGAGAUCUCCUCAGGGGAAGUAUAAGCUCACUAGUAAAGGAGCUGUGAAGAUGCAGCCUAAAGCAGAGGAGCUGCGCUUCAUGACCAAGAGUGAUGGAGCCGUCCAACACCCCUCAUCUGUCAACUUCUCUGUGCGGCACUAUGACAGCCCAUACCUGGUGUACCAUGAGAAAGUGAAGACCAGUCGAGUGUUUCUCCGUGACUGUAGCAUGGUGUGCGUGUAUCCCAUGGUGCUGUUCGGUGGCGGGCAAGUGAGCGUGGAGCUGCAGCGUGGAGAGUUCAUCAUCUCUCUGGACGAUGGCUGGAUCAGAUUUGCAGCUGCGUCUCAUGAGGUGGCUGAGCUGGUGAAAGAGCUGCGGUGGGAGUUGGAUCAGCUCUUAGAGGAGAAGAUCAGAAAUCCCAGCAUGGAUCUGAUCAGCUGUCCUCGAGGAUCUCGCAUCAUACACACCAUAGUGUCGCUCAUCUCCACACAGUAGCAUCAGCGUUCUUCUCACACACUAUUCACAAUUAAAUAACAGCGGGAUGCUCACCUGAAAACAGCCUUUUUUCAGAUUUUGUUGAACUUUGUGGAGGCACUUGAAACAUUUUCAUUUUCUUUUACAGAGUAGAUGCAGAAAAUAUACUUUGGCAUUGUGUGAUUUCACACAGACAUUUCCUAAAUCCCAGAGUCCAUAUUGGACUGCUUUAAUGCAAUAUUAUAGCAACAAGACAGCAUGUGCAUAAAUCUUGAAUGUAUGGCAUGAGGUAUUUGUGAGUAUGAAUUGUGCCAAAUUAUAAAACACUGUUAUUGUGUUUUGAAUUAUUAACUUCUAUUAUAAUGUGGGACUACUAUGAAAAGUCAUACGUUUGCCAAAAGAUGCAAUAUCAAGUGUAUUUAAAAAUAAAUGAA